AUGCAGUCGAUCUUUGCAACAAACGGAUCGGAAACUCCCGAGCCGGUGAAAGCUCGGGUGGAAGGGUCCAUCCCGUCCUGGCUGCAGGGAACUCUGCUGAGGAACGGGCCGGGUCUGUUCUCCGUGGGCAGCUCCCAGUACAACCACUGGUUUGACGGCAUGUCGCUCAUUCACAGCUUCACCUUCGGCAACGGGGAGGUGACUUACAGGAGUAAGUUUCUGAAGAGUGAGACCUACAAAAGGAACAUCAAGGCCAACAGGAUCGUUGUCUCAGAGUUUGGAACCAUGAUCUACCCGGAUCCCUGCCAAAACAUCUUUUCCAGGGCAUUCACGCACCUCAGCAACAUCAUCCCUGACUUCACCGAUAACAACUUGAUAAACAUCAUCCGCUACGGUCAAGACUACUACGCUUCCUCCGAGGUCAACUACAUGAACCAGAUUGAUCCUGUGACCCUGGAAACUGUCGGCAGGAUUAACUACAGGAACCACAUCGCUCUGAACCUGGCGACGGCUCACCCUCACUAUGACAACGAGGGCAACACCUACAACAUGGGCACGGCCAUCAUGGGCCUGGGCCUGCCCAAAUACGUCAUCUUCAAAGUCCCAGCUGAUGCUUCAGAUAAAGAGCGCAAGAAGCCGGCGCUGAGGAAGGUCCAGCAGGUGUGUUCGAUCCCGCUUCGUUCCACUCUGUUCCCGAGUUACUUCCACAGCUUCGGCAUGACCGACAACUACAUCGUGUUCGUGGAGCAGCCCUUCAAACUGGACGUGGUCAAACUGGCCACCGCCUACUUCAGAGGGGUCAACUGGGGCAGCUGUCUCAGGUUCGACAAGGACAACAUCACGUUGUUUCACGUCGUCAACAAAAUGACCGGAAAGGCCGUGUCCACCCGUUUCUUUGGCGACGCCCUGGUGGUAUUUCACCACAUCAACGCGUACGAGGCCAACGGCCACGUGGUGUUGGACCUGAUCGCCUACGAGAACAGCGACCUGUACGAGAUGUUCUACAUCAAGAACAUGAGGCAGGAGACCGACGAAUUCAUCCGGUCCAACCGGAGCUUCAAGCCACCGGCGUGCCAGCGGUUCGUUCUGCCGCUCCACGUCCUCAAGGAAGCCCCCAGGGGGUCCAACUUGGUGACCCUGACGGACACGACGGCCCAGGCCGCGCUGCAGGAGGACGGCUCCGUCUUCUGCCGGCCAGAAACUCUGUUUGAAGGUCUGGAGCUGCCGGGAAUCAACUACAACUUCAACGCCAAGAAGUACCGAUACUUCUACGGCUCCAGGGUGGAGUGGUCGCCUCAUCCCAACAAGAUGGCCAAGUUCGACCUCGUCACCAGGACCCACCUGGAGUGGACCCAGGAGAACUGCUUCCCCUCGGAGCCGGUGUUCGUGGCGUCUCCGGGAGCCGUGGAGGAAGACGACGGCGUGAUCUUGUCCUCCGUCGUGUCUCCGGACCCGAACGUCUCUCCCUUCAUGCUCGUCCUCGACGCCAAAACCUUCAAGGAGCUGGGCCGGGCCUCCAUGCCGAUCCGGGUCCACAUGGACCUCCACGGGCACUUCAUCCCGGCCGCCGUCUGA